AUGAAUAGCUUUUACAAAACACGUCCAGGUGCCAGCCACGGUUGGUGGCUUGGUCUGCUGUUGCCGGCUUGCUAUGCGGCUACACUUUGGCGUCCUUAUCAGCAGGACCAUCAGCAACAUCUGCCACGAGAUUACAAACGAACCGUACUGAUGACCUUUGGACUCCUUCUGCAAACACUAGUCAUCCGUGGAACGCUCGAAACCCGGUGGAACCGUCAUAAAGCCAUACUGCUAACAUUGCUCGUAAUUGCCUGCAGUUGGGGGCUGUUUCUGGUGUGCCUAAAGGAGAAUGCUGUAUUCGCUGGUGUUAGUGGACUGCUUCCUGUCAUUCUUUAUGACAAGCUUUACUUUACUUUACUUAAAACGAUGCCAAAGAGUUUCAGCUAUGGAGAGGCAUUUAUCGUGGCCCAAGGUAUAGUCGCUUUUGUCUACGGCACGUUCCUACAGUUGCCUCCGGUAAUCUUGCGGCCGGAUGCAGUGUAUACGGAAAUGCAAAUGAUUUACUUUAUUCUUCAGAUCGGUUUACUAGGAAUCUUGGUACUCGUGUGGGCAACAUACACCUUUACAUGGCUUCGCAAAACUAUUCCAUUCUGGAUCGCACUGGGAACUACAAGCGCCCUAGUGGCAUUGUUUCCGAUCGGCAAACUGCCGGCAGUUACCCGUUUGGUGCUGUUCUUCAUGAACGAUAUGGAAACGAUCCAGACGACCGGGCUGUACGUGGCACUUUUGGUACUAACCGUGUCCUUUAUCAUGUGGCAAUUUAAUUACGGACGUCGCACAACAUCAGCCACACGGAAGGUAUUUCAUUUCAUGAUUGUUCUCGUGUACGGUCCGGGAUUGUGGUAUCAGUGCCGGUUGCUGUAUCUUGCAAGCGGUUUAAUGCUGGCUGUGUUGAUUGUACUGGAGAUGGCUCGCUUGAUACAGCUAGCGCCAGUAGCGAACGCACUCAACGUGGCGGUAAAUCUAUUCAUCGAUGAAAAGGAUGCCGGUGCGAUUGCCCUCACCCCGAUAUACCUUCUAGUCGGAUGCUCGUUACCGCUCUGGCUACAUCCAGUACCUUGUGAUUUAACUGACUCGAGCGGUCUGCAGAUGCUUACACUUUCGGCCGGCGUACUUUCUAUCGGCAUUGGCGAUACAGCUGCGAGUGUGGUCGGGUACCACCUGGGACGACAUAAAUGGCACGCUUCCACGAAUAAAUCCGUCGAAGGGACGGUUGCGUCCGUGUUGCUACAAGCCGGGGUCAUCGCUGCAAUGUACCAUCUCGGUGUGAUACAUCUGACAGUGCUCAGAGCAGCGUAUGCUGGCGUUGCAAUCAUAGUGAAUGCACUCGUAGAAUCGAGGACGGAUCAGAUCGACAAUUUAAUACUUCCGCUGGUCACUUACCUGAUACUCGUUAGUUCCCCCUAG